AGCUCUACCUGCCAGUUUAAAAACCUUCAAGUGCUGACCUUCUUGGUCUAUUAAGUUAUUAUAAACUUUUGCUGCUCUGCGAACAUAUAAAGAUGUCUCGCAGCCCUGACGCUAAGGAAGACCCUGUGGAAUGCCCUCUUUGCAUGGAGCCUCUGGAAAUUGAUGACAUCAAUUUCUUCCCUUGCACCUGUGGCUACCAAAUCUGUCGUUUCUGUUGGCAUCGUAUUCGCACUGAUGAGAAUGGACUUUGUCCUGCUUGCAGAAAGCCAUAUCCAGAAGAUCCAGCAGUGUACAAACCACUCUCCCAGGAAGAGCUGCAGAGGAUAAAAAAUGAAAAGAAACAGAAACAAAAUGAGAGGAAACAGAAGAUAUCAGAGAAUCGCAAACACUUGGCCAGUGUACGGGUUGUACAGAAGAACCUUGUCUUCGUGGUAGGGCUAUCUCAGCGCCUAGCAGAUCCAGAGGUUUUGAAACGACCAGAAUAUUUUGGGAAGUUUGGUAAAAUACAUAAAGUUGUCAUUAAUAACAGUACAUCAUAUGCAGGCUCACAGGGUCCAAGUGCCAGUGCAUAUGUAACCUACAUCCGGUCAGAAGAUGCCCUCAGAGCCAUACAGUGCGUCAAUAAUGUGGUGGUAGACGGCAGAACACUUAAGGCAUCAUUAGGUACAACAAAAUAUUGCAGUUAUUUUCUAAAAAAUAUGCAGUGUCCAAAACCAGACUGCAUGUAUCUACAUGAACUAGGUGAUGAAGCAGCCAGUUUCACAAAAGAAGAAAUGCAGGCGGGUAAGCACCAGGAAUAUGAACAGAAACUACUGCAAGAAUUAUACAAAUUAAACCCCAACUUUCUCCAAUUAUCUACGGGUACAGUUGACAAGAACAAGAACAAAGUGACAGCACUGCAGAGACCCAACAGUAAUAACAAAGAUGCCUGGCCAUCAUUACAGAGUUCAAGUAAAUCAGCCAACGGUUUAACAAUGGAACACAGGAAAACGCCUCCUAUAUUAGAAAAUGGCACAGACCCAGAACACAUGACUCCAGAUGGUGCAGACUCAGAUUUCGGCCCUAUCGAUAAACCUUCAGAUUCCCUCAGUAUAGGAAAUGGUGACAGCUCUCAGCAGAUAACAAACAGUGACACACCUUCACCACCACCUGGUUUAACAAAACCCAAUCCAGUUAUACCCAUCAGUUCAUCUAAUCACAGUGCACGGUCUCCUUUUGAAGGGGCUGUAACAGAAUCACAGUCACUCUUCUCUGACAACUUCCGGCACCCUAACCCCAUCCCUAGUGGGCUUCCUCCAUUCCCCAGCUCUCCACAGACUUCAAGUGACUGGCCCACAGCACCAGAACCACAGAGCCUCUUCACAUCAGAAACUAUACCAGUAUCCUCCUCCACAGACUGGCAAGCAGCUUUUGGGUUUGGUUCCUCCAAACAGCAAGAGGACGACUUAGGGUUUGAUCCCUUUGACAUCACCCGCAAAGCCUUAGCAGACCUGAUUGAGAAGGAACUGUCAGUCCAAGACCAACCUUCCCUUUCGCCCACAUCUCUUCAGAACCCUACCCCACACACUACAACUGCCAAAGGGCCAGGUUCUGGAUUCCUGCAUCCUGCUGCACCCACAAAUGCCAACUCUCUCAGUAGCACCUUUCCAGUCAUGCCACAGAGAUUUCCACAGUUUCAACAGCAUCGAGCAGUUUACAACUCCUUCAGUUUUCCAGGCCAAGCAGCUCGCUAUCCUUGGAUGGCCUUCCCACGCAAUAGCAUCAUGCACUUGAACCACACAGCAAAUCCCACCUCAAAUAGUAAUUUCUUGGACUUGAAUCUCCCACCACAACACAGCACAGGUCUGGGAGGGAUCCCUAUAUCAGACAACAGCAGUUCUGUAGAGAGUUUAAAUAUGAAGGAAUGGCAGGACGGGCUAAGGGCACUUCUACCGAACAUUAACAUCAACUUUGGUGGACUGCCCAAUGCUUCUUCCCCCUCCAACGCCAACCAUGUACCAACGUCCAACACUGCCACCACCGACAGCCUGAAUUGGGACAGCCCUGGCAGCUGGAUGGACCCCGCAAUCAUCACAGGUAUCCCAGCCUCUACAGGAAACAGUUUAGACACCCUUCAAGAUGACAAUCCUCCACAUUGGCUAAAAUCUCUUCAGGCCCUCACAGAGGUGGACGGCCCCAGUGCAGCACCAUCACAGACGCACCACAGUAACCCCUUCGGCACACAGAUCCCUCUGCACAGAGCCAGUUGGAAUCCCUACUCUCCUCCUUCAAACCCCACCAGCUUCCAUUCCCCACCUCCAGGCUUUCAGACAGCCUUCAGACCCCCCAGUAAAACCCCCACAGAUCUACUACAGAGCUCAGCGCUGGAUCGUCAUUAGGAAAGGAGGAAAAAGAAAAAAGAAAAAUAAGACCCAAAACGUUAGAAAUGCAGGAAGUGUCCCACCCUGACUCCUCCCCAUGCCCACCUACUGUUCCCUGUCAUAUCUUUCUUUCUGAAGAAUCCAGUUCCUGAUCAAACUUCCCCCCCAAAUGCAAUGCCAUCACAGGGUCAUGACCAUUCUUUUUGUUAAGUUUCUAUAGAACCAGUGUUUGAAAUACACUGUUUGAAAUACUUUCUAACCAUUCUAAGGAAAAAAAAAAAAGAGAGAGAGAGAAAUCAAAAUGCAGUCUCAAUGCUUAAGGAGAAUAUUACUGUCUUACUUCUUUUGCACAUGAGUAUUUCUGCCUAGUGGAAAAGUGUCAAUCUGCAGUAGGGGGAAAAGUGCAAUGCAGAAUCAAAUGCAAGAACAUAAAGGUAUUUAAUUUAAAUGAAGUUACUGAACAUGUGGGGCAAGCAGUGGCCCAGCAUUUAUUUUGCAUUCAGUGUGGCACUACACAGGGAAAUUGCUAUGUUGGGGUUGGUUGUUUUUUUGGUUUUGGUUUUUUUCUGUUUUUUUUUUUGAGCAGGGGAUUUUAUUGCAUCAGUCAGAGUUUGACAUGAAGUGUGUUGAAAGA